GUUCAUAUGCAUAUAAAGCAAUACGAAACAACACCAUAAUUUGGUUCUUUGUUUUCGUGUUCUUCUCUGGAAACACGGGAGAAGGACAUGAUGCAAAAGAACAACAAUACAAUGCGUUAGGAGAUUGACAUGUGAUGAAGGUCACAUUGCAUGCCGAGAAUAAAGCUGAAUUGAUUUUUUUCUUUUCUGGGGUUUUCAAAUAAGGUUGGUUGCUCUGAUGGGAAAUUGUUUUGGAGCACGUUCCAAGGUUGAUGAUAAACUUCUGAGUUUCCAACCCAGUUCUGCACCUUGUGAUGCUACAAAAGUUCCUCAUAGAAGCACCCAGUUGUUAGCUCAUACAGGUCCGACGGCGCAUGGAUACAGUAAAGGAGGUAAACCUGAGAUUCUCCCCACUCCAAGAUCUGAAGGAGACAUACUUUCGUCCCCACACUUAACAGCCUUCACAUUCAAGGAUCUUAAGAAUGCCACUAAAAAUUUUAGUCUUGAUAGUCUAAUUGGAGAAGGGGGAUUUGGACAUGUCUAUAAGGGGUGGAUUGAUGGUCAAUUCCUUGGGGCUACAUGGCCUAGAUCUGGAAUGGUUGUAGCUGUGAAGAAGCUUAAGCCUGAAGGUUUUCAAGGGCAUAAAGAAUGGCUGUCUGAACUCAAUUAUCUUGGCCAACUUGAUCAUCCGAAUCUUGUCAAACUUAUUGGAUACUGCCUGGAUGGAGAUAACCGACUUCUAGUUUAUGAGUACAUGCCCAAUGAAUGCUUGGAAAAUCAUCUGUUUCGCAAGGAAAAACUACUUCCUUGGGCAACAAGAAUCAAAGUUGUUGUUGGUGCUGCUCGAGGUCUCACCUUCCUACAUGACUCUGAUCAACAAAUUAUCUACCGUGAUUUCAAGGCUUCUAAUAUUUUAUUAGAUUCGGAAUUUAACGCAAAACUCUCAGACUUUGGAUUGGCCAAAGCAGGACCCACUGGUGAUCGUUCUCAUGUUUCCACUCAAGUCCUGGGCACGCAAGGCUAUGCUGCCCCUGAAUAUAUUGCUACAGGUCGGCUGACCACGAGGUGUGAUGUCUAUAGCUUUGGGGUUGUGUUGUUGGAACUACUCUCUGGGCGCCAUGCUGUUGACAUAACAACAUCUGGAGUAGAACGUAAUCUAGUUGAUUGGGCAAGACCCUAUUUGGAUAAUAGGAGGAAGUUGUUCCGGAUCAUGGACACCAAGUUAGAAGGACAGUACUCUCAGAGGCAAGCUUGUGUAAUUUCAAGCCUUGCAUUACAAUGUAUUAGUGAGGCCAAGAUUAGACCACAGAUGUCUGAGGUUUUGGCUACCUUGGAGCACCUUCCAGUCAUGAGACAUUCACGUAACCCGUCUAGAGCAGAGGAAAAGUCCACAAGUCCCAUAAGAGAAGGGAUCUGAACUCUGAAAGUCCAAUGGUAAAAUUCCCUUUGAGACAUAAUCAUCAUUCUCAUUUGUUACAGUUCUGAGAGGCUCCCCCAUUGCCAACCUCAACAAAAUUUGUGAAAUUCUGAAAUCCCAAAGAGGAAAAUAAUACAUGGGAGUUUUUUCUCUUCAAGUAUGCCUCUGUAUAUCCUCUUCCUUUUUUUGUGCAUGUUUGGAUACAUAGUAGAAAAUCACGGUGAGCUUAAAUCACGGUUGAUAGAAACAACUUCAAUUCCCUUAAUUUUUGUGAUUGUCUAUCGUGAUUUUGACUUCACCCUGUUUUUUCACCGUGCAUUCAAAUAUGCACUGUGGGUCGUCUUAGGUGAUAGCAUGUAUGAUUAGAGUGUUCUGUAGACUUUUACCUUAACUUUACUUUACCUGUAGAGUCAUAGAGACAUAUCAUCACCCUCAAAACGCAUUGUUUUGUCCAUUCUGUAUCAGGAGGAAUUACUAACUGCGUGUUUCAAA